ACGAAACUGCACUAGAAUCCACUCCUGUCGCUUUAUAGGGGUUGGCAGAUUGUUGUAGAACAUUAGCGGCAGCCCGAUAUAAGGGCUAACUAGUCUUUAUGUAUCACACAGGGAAGUUAAGAAGUUAAGUAACCCGACAGACCUCGGAGCGAACAGUUUGAAACCCUGCAGGAAUAGAGACAGAGGAGAGAAACUCGACCUUUCAUCAGUGGGAUUCAGAGAGAAGGUCCACAUAAAAGAGUGGGAGAACGACACUUGUCUCAGUUACAUAAGGGCCACUCGGUGGUUGCCUUCAUCCUCACUUUUAGAGUGGAAAACCAAGUUCCGUGCCAUGGAGGAUUAUUACCAGAUCCUGGGUGUGCUGAGAAAUUCAUCCCAGGAUGAAAUAAAGAAAGCGUACAGAAAACAAGCAUUAAAGUGGCAUCCAGACAAAAACCCAGACAACAAACAUGAGGCAGAGAUAAAGUUCAAAGAGAUCUCAGAGGCAUAUGAAGUCCUGUCAGAUGAAAACAAACGAAGAGAGUAUGACAGAUAUGGCAAAGAAGGACUAUCUAAUAGAGGAGGCCAUUAUGAAGAGGACUACAUGGGCAGAUUCACAUUCCGUAAUCCAGAUGAUGUCUUCAGGGAAUUCUUUGGAGGCAGAGAUCCAUUUGCAGAUUUCUUUGCUGAUGACCCCUUUGAAGAUUUCUUUGGUGGGCGGCACAGAGGUGUAAGCAGGAGCAGGAUGGCAGGUUCAUUCUUUUCUGGAUUUUCACCCUUUGGUCCCUCCUCUCCUGCGUUUGACAUGGGUUUCACCCCGUUUGGCCCGAUGGUUGGAGGGGGCUUCGCCUCGUUCUCCUCAUCGUCAUUCGGAGGCGGAGGAGGCGGCGGAGGAGGAGGAGGAGGAAUGGGAAACUUCCGCUCUGUCUCGACAUCCACCAAAUUUGUCAACGGACGAAGGAUUACCACAAAACGCAUUGUAGAGAACGGUCAGGAGAGAGUGGAGGUAGAAGAAGACGGUCAGCUUAAAUCUCUCACAGUCAAUGGUAACCCCGAUGACAAUGCAUUGGAUGAAGGCUCAAGACAAACUGCUCUCCCCAGCCCUGCUCCACACAACCGUUACCUCAGAAACGUGCCCCAGAACCCUGUGGAGGAGGAUGAUGAGAGAGGCCUGCCAAAUCUGGGAUUUGCUAAAGGUAUUUUUGACCCUAGACGAAAGAAACUCUUGCUAAAGGAGAUGGACACCAAAAAGAAACGGAUGCCAAGACUGGCUCCUCGAUUUGGGGUUUGGUUUUAAGAGUUGUGAAUGAAGGUCUCUUAGAAGAGGAGUCACAUGAGAGAAAUUUUUGCAACCCUUCAAAAACCGAGCUGCAGCAUUUUGAACCUAGGCGAGAGAGUAAAGAUUUUGAAAUACCAUAAUAAAGUGAAUUGCAAUAAUCUAGUCUCGUAGUGAUGAAUGAAUGGAUUGCCAUUUCCAGAGAUUUUUCAGAUGGACAUGGCUUAAUUUUAGCUAAUAAUCGAAGUUGAAAGAAACUGGUACCAGUUAUAGAACUGAUAUGAAUGUACUGUAUAGCGUAAUGCAACAAGUUUCAUUUCUCUGUCUUUAUUGCUCAAUUCUUACAUUUACAUUUGUAUUUAUUUUAUUCAUGAUUUUAAAGCAUUUUGAAGGACAUUCUCCUUCAACUGGGUAUCAGUCAUAGGACAAUUAAGGCCACCUGAAAUACAUUUGUUGAUGAUUUAAACCAUUUAACGGAUCUUCUCAUUCUAUACAAUACUGUAUGUUUACUAGCUACUGAAUAAAGUUACUUGCUGUCUGUUUCCAGUACUCUGAUAUAAAUUGAAUGAGGGUGAUAUAUUGAUAAUUUAUUAUUAUACAUAUUUUAAGGCACUUUAAAAUGUGUGUGUUUGCUAUAUAUUUGGUGCAUGAUGCAUUUUGUAGUAAAUAAUGGAACAAAAACGAAAUAUUGACAUAUGUAAAGGAUGCUUGAAAACAUAAUGAAAGUGACAAAUAAAGGACAAUGCUGAAGAAAGAAUGAUGAGAAAUGAGAGAACAGGUUGGUAGGCUGAAAGUGGAAAGUGAAAAGCACAAGGGAAAAAAGAGGGAACGAUCAUUGAAUUAUUGAUUCACCAAUUUGAGAGAACACGUUUUCACCAUAUAUGUCUUUUGAUCCAGUCUUAAGCACUGUAUCAAUAUUUUAGAGAAUAUUCCAGAUAUGGCAUGUGCCUUUAGAACUGGGUUUGAAUGUUACCCUUGCUGCAUGUAUAUUUUUUCUACAUGAAACAGACACCUACAUCGGCAUUAAAUCACAAUGCAUAUAUAUUUAAAGGAAGUUAAUAAGAAAAGUCUACAAAUUAUUCAGAUGUUUCUUUGAUGCUUUAUUCUCAUAUUUUGCCUGUGCUUUAUGAAUAUGUAUUACUGAUUGGUACAUGUUAUUGCUUCUGAUUGUGAUCUGCACAAUCUGUACCUUUCUAGCAGAUGUGAUUUUCUUUUUCAGUAUUGGCAGCAUCAUAUUUCUGUAACUAUGUUUGUGUUUAAUGUUUUUGCAAUUUUCUAAAAUACACCA